GCAGCAGCUCUACCCCACUGCCCUUCCAGCAGCAUCUCACCUUCAGCCGGCCACACGCACAUCCGCCGACGCCCCUGAAAGACAUCACCAGAAACAAAAGAGAAAACCAAACCGGGGCGAAAGCAUCAAACCAUCAAGGCGGAUCGAUUUGAUAAUGUAGAGCUUGUUUUGCGUGUUUGACAUCUAAUUCAUCCUGCCUGUUCCACUGCGACACGGAAAUCCCGCAUAGAUUUACCGCAACCUUUUUUUUUCGCCUAGUCACGAUUAAACCGUGUGACUUCAUAACGUCCCAAACGCAAUCCGCCUAGGUCUCCAUCGUUGUUUUGAUUUGUUUGGCAGUCGGAUCGGGCCUCAUCCGCUCUCCUCCAGCAGCAUCUUCCUCAUCAGCGCGCAUCCUUCAAUCUGCGCCAUGGCCGAUGUACCAGCGGAGUGCAACAUUAAAGUGCUGUGUCGCUUUCGUCCUCUCAACCAGUCCGAGAUAAUACGCGGGGACCAGUUCCUGCCCAAAUUUCAAGGGGACGACACUGUCGUCGUGGGGGGGAGGUCUUAUGCGUUUGAUCGGGUUUUUCCGACCAACACCACCCAGGAGCAAGUUUACAACACCUGCGCCAAGCAGAUUGUCAAGGAUGUUCUUAGUGGAUACAAUGGGACUAUCUUUGCAUAUGGACAAACCUCCUCUGGGAAGACUCACACCAUGGAGGGAAAGCUGCACGACCCUCACCAAAUGGGCAUCAUUCCUCGCAUUGCUGAGGAUAUUUUCAACCACAUCUUUGCGAUGGAUGAAAACCUGGAAUUCCACAUCAAGGUUUCCUACUUUGAAAUCUAUAUGGACAAAAUCCGUGACCUUCUGGAUGUGACAAAGACCAACUUGUCUGUCCACGAGGAUAAGAACAGGGUUCCAUAUGUUAAGGGAUGCACUGAGCGCUUUGUGUCCAGCCCUGAUGAGGUUAUGGAUGUGAUUGACGAGGGCAAAGCUAACCGCCAUGUUGCUGUGACCAACAUGAACGAGCACAGCUCUCGCAGCCACAGCAUCUUCCUGAUCAACAUCAAACAGGAGCACGUGGAGACGGAGCAGAAGCUGUGUGGGAAACUCUACCUGGUGGAUCUGGCUGGCAGUGAGAAGGUCAGCAAGACCGGAGCUGCAGGUUCUGUUCUGGAUGAGGCUAAAAACAUCAACAAGUCUCUAUCUGCCCUGGGGAACGUCAUCUCUGCUUUGGCUGAGGGAACGAAAAGUCACGUUCCGUACCGUGACAGCAAAAUGACCCGCAUCCUGCAGGACUCACUGGGCGGAAACUGCCGCACCACCAUGUUCAUCUGCUGCUCCCCAUCCAGCUACAACGAAGGGGAGACUAAAUCAACUCUGAUGUUUGGACAACGUGCCAAGACCAUCAGGAACACGGCCUCUAUUAACCUGGAGCUGACCGCUGAGCAGUGGAAGAGGAAGUACGAGAAGGAGAAGGAGAAGAACAAGACAAUGAAGGAGACCAUUCAGAAACUGGAGGCGGAGCUCAACCGCUGGAGAAAUGGGGAGGACGUCCCUGAGACUGAACGGACCACCGCAGACGUGGUGACCCGUAUUGAGUCGGUGGAGGAGCGCCCUGUGUUGGACAAUGACACCUCCUCCAUUGUGGUUCGCAUCUCUGAAGAGGAGCGACAGAAGUAUGAGGAGGAGAUCCGCAAGCUGUACAAGCAGCUGGAUGACAAGGAUGAUGAGAUCAACCUGCAGUGUCAGCUGGUGGAAAAGCUAAAGCAGCAGAUGCUGGAUCAAGACGAGCUUCUGGCCUCCUCUCGAGGAGACGGGGACAAGGUGCAGGCUGAGCUGGGUAGGCUGCAGGUGGAGAGCGACUGUGCAAAGGCUGAGGUGAAGGAGGUUCUUCAGGCUCUGGAGGAACUGGCCAUUAAUUAUGACCAGAAGAGCCAGGAGGUGGAGGAGAAGGGUCUGCAGAACCAGCUGCUGGCCGACCAGCUUGCCCAGAAAAUGGCGAGUCUGAUGGAGCUGGAGGCGGAGCUGUCUCGUAUGCAGGAGGUGAGCGGUCAGCAGAGGAAACGCAUCGCGGACGUUCUCAACGGGCUCAUGAGGGACCUCAGCGAGUUCAGCACCAUUGUGGGGAACGGAGAAAUAAAGCUGCCGGUGGAAAUCAGCGGGGCCAUUGAGGAGGAGUUCACUGUGGCACGACUCUACAUCAGUAAGAUCAAGUCGGAGGUGAAGAGCAUGGUGAAGCGAUGCCGCCAGCUGGAGAACAUGCAGCUGGAGUGCCACCGCAAGAUGGAGGAGACUGGGCGGGAGCUGUCCUCCUGCCAGCUCCUCAUCUCCCAGCAUGAGGCUAAGAUCCGCUCUCUGACUGAGUACAUGCAGAGCGUGGAGCAGAAGAAGAGGCAGCUGGAGGAGAGCCACGACUCCCUGACCGAAGAGCUGGCUAAGCUGCAAGACCAGGAUAACUCUCUGCUUGAGGAGAAAGAUGGAGAGAAGGGUGAGCUUGAGGAUGGAAAUACGAAGAAAGCCCUUCGUCAGCAGGGGGAGUCUCACCGCGGCCUCCAUCACAAACAGCUGGCCCGCCUGCGGGAUGAGAUCAACGAGAAGCAGAGGAUCAUCGAUGAGCUCACCGAUCGUAACUCCAAGCUGGAGCUGGAGCUGGCUCAGGUGCGUGCUGACUUUGAACGCCUGAAGAGUCAGGACAGCUGCAAGAGUGAGCGCCUGGAGGAGCUCUCAUUCCUGCAUGAGCGUCACGAGCAGACCAAACAGGACUUGAAGGGUCUGGAGGAGACCGUCGCCCGCGAACUCCAGACCCUCCACAACCUGCGCAAGCUGUUCGUUCAAGACCUCACGUCGCGGGUUAAAAAAAGUUCCGAAAUGGAGCCUGAUGAUAGCGGGGGGUCUUGCACCCAGAAGCAGAAGAUUUCCUUUCUUGAGAAUAACCUGGACCAACUUACAAAGGUUCACAAACAGCUGGUUCGUGACAAUGCAGAUCUGCGUUGUGAGCUUCCAAAGCUGGAGAAACGUCUUCGGUCUACUGCUGAGAGAGUUAAGGCCCUGGAGACUGCAUUGAAGGAUGCCAAAGAGGGCGCCAUGAUGGACCGUCGCCGCUACCAGCAGGAAGUUGAUCGCAUCAAAGAGGCCAUGAGGGCUAAGGUUGCUUCAAGACGCCCCCAUGCUGCACAGAUCGCAAAACCAGUGAGACCAAAGCAGCUGCCUGUUUGCUCUCCUACGAAUCCGUUCUACGCCUACAUCAGGGCUACUGAACACGCCAACGCCUACAGCAACGCCCUCUUCCAGGGCAGCAUGACACCGAAGAGCUCCUCCAGCAUCGACUGCAACCUGAACUCAGUGCAGAGCAACACAGUUUCCACAGCUUUGGGCUACAGAGCGGGGAGAUAUAACGGAGAUGUGCUGGAAUCCUACCCACUAAACAUUGACAACGGUAACAACAUCAGUGAAACCAGAGACAUAAAUGAUAACAGGAGUGAUGUUCCCUGUGGGCGCGAGGCGGAUGAUUCAAACAGGCAUCACAGCAUGCAGCAGCAGCCGACCGCUUCAAGUUAGCUCGACCAAACACUGUACCCCUUUAAGGAACCUCCCGUUCUGUUUGCAUGCAGCCUCUGUAACCUCCGCCCACUGCUUCACCAAUGAAGAUGAUGAUGAAGAUCUGUAGCCCUGUAGUAGAUGAAGCCCCACCUGUUCCCCUGCUGACCGUUCUUGCUCUCAGUUUCAGGCUUCAGUCUCUUCCAGCUCAGUCAGUGUUAAGCAUAUUGUCUCAGUCUCUCCUUUAUUUAGACAACCAAAUCUCAGCUGUAUCUACUUAUUAAUCUGUGGGUUGAUCGGCUGACCUGCACAUAUCUCUCCCUGAGGUGACUGGACUGAAACCGGACUGAACCCAGAUUGCUCGGUACUCACAGUGUGUAAAUAGUAGUGCUGUAUACUCCUGCUCAGUUUUUGACCAACAACUGUUUGUUCAGAUUCCACAUUUCCUCCAUUACUUUGCCAUGUGGGUUGAAAACGUAAGCGAGCCUGAACCUUUUGAUCUGUCAUAACUAAGAGCAUAUACCAGGUAGUCACCGUCUUGUUGUGCAUGUCAUAUAAUUUGCCUUCUAGGCUUCCAAAUUUCUGCAUGUGUCCUGUUUGAACCUUUUAACAGAGGCAGGAUGCAAAAGGAUGGUUUCCCUUAAUCCAGAUCUCUGUGAAGUCCUGUAUGUUUUCUAUCUGAAAGUAGAUUUAAGUGCAAAUAGAGAUUAUUUUAAAUUUUAAAAAGAAAAACAUGACAAAUGAGUGAGGGGAUCCCAGCUAAAACUGCAGUUGUAUUAAAAAUCUCUACUAUUUACUAUGAUAACUGUACAUUCCCUGCACUGCUCAAACACCUCGCUAUCCCCUCACUAUCAACAUUAACGCUUUCGCUUAGAGUACAUUUGUAAUUACUACCUCUAGAGCAGCUUGUUGUUUACAAAUAGCAUUCUUUUCAAAAGCUGAUCCUGAUCCUAGAGUUUCUACAGACAUUUGUAACCUUAGAACAGCAAUGUAUGUAAGUAGAUUUAAAACAUUAACCAUAUCUGUAGUUUUCUUCUCAUUCAAGUUCAUUUAAAAUUAAAAACUUUUUCUAAUUACUCAGAGUUUAGCUGAUGCAAGGCAACUUUACAAAGAUGGUCUUUUUAAUUUGAGGACACUAUGCCAUCCUUUGUCAGAAAAUUUUACUUCAGUUUGUUUCCAUGCAUCCCGUGUUUUAAUGUGCAGAAGAGCAGUGGCAGUUUUUGGCAGGAGCCAUAUGGGGAGUUUCCCAGGGUGACUUUAGAAAAUGAGGCGUAGAAGCACCACUUCCAAAAUAUCAUUUAUUUAUGUUCCCUGAGCCUGAAAUAUGUUUUCAAUUGAUUUCAUACAUGUCCAGUUAUACGGGACUUAAUACCACCCUGGUUGCUUCCACUGAUUGCUGCUAAAAGUAUCUGUUCUUUUCUUUUAUCUGGAGUUGUUAGAUGCUAACUUUAGCAUUUCCUCAUUUGGUAAAAUAUGUCUUUACAAACUGGAACUGAUUCACUGGAUGUUUGCAUUAAAGCAGAAAUGGAAAGGCGCCGUUUAUGUGUGAACAGCUACUGCAAGACAAUGGAGUGAAGGGUCCUUUAAUGACAGUUUGGAAGCUGUUUUAGAUUGAUUCAGCUUGUUCCCCAGCUGAGCAGCCACCAGUCUGGAACAUAUUAAGAGAAAUCCUUUCUCUCAUUGUAUUGUCUUGCUGUUGUUUUUCUGAAAAAAAUCCUGACCAGCCAAUCAGGAUAGAGGAAAUCAGCAUUUCAUACAGAUGGGAGUUAGAUAUUUCUGCAAUGAAUCGUUGAAUCAAAAAGGAAGAAAAUAGGUAGAGGUUAAAAAAAAAGAACUGCUAAACAUCCAACCAUCUUCUGUUUGCACAACCAAACAGGAAUAAGAUUAUUUUGAAACUUUUUUGUAUUUGAUUUUGGUGCUCAUAGUUUAAAUAGAUCUGACCCAAAUUUAAUUAGGCAAUAACACCCUAAACUACAAAUUUAAAAAGAUUCAAACAC